UGCGCGGCCCCGCGCCCCGCUGGCCCCGCACUGCUCCGAUUCAGUUGCGCCUUGCUUUGCAUACGCAUUUUGGGUUUGUGUUAGUGUCAUCAUUUGAAAUGUCAUGUAUUCCAGGACAGAGGCUAUGUGCCGCUGGUGAUUCUUUCAUUGGUGGAAAAGGCACUUAUGUCCAGCAUGGCUACAUCUAUUCCAGUCUGGCCGGUCGCUUCACAAUCGAGCGUCAGAAGGACAAGAAGAUUGUCCAAGUGCAGAGAUCAAUGGAUAAGAACGUCCCAACUCCAGGAAAUAUAGUCACAGCCAAAAUUACUGCCGUUACUCAUCGUUUCUGCAAGUGUUCCAUCAUUGCCAUAGAAGACUGUGAGCUCUGGGAACCGUUCCGCGGAAUCAUCAGAAAAGAAGAUGUUCAUGAGACAGAAAAGGACAAGGUGGAAAUGCACAAGAGCUUCCGGAUGGGGGACAUCGUACUUGCUAGAGUGAUGUCGAUUGGUGACGCCCUCUUCUAUUACUUAACAACAGCAGAAAACAUGCUUGGAGUUGUCGUGGCUUUGAGUGCGUCAGAGGUCCCCAUGGUUCCUGUAAGUUGGACGACCAUGCAGUGUCCCGUUUCCAGUGUCCGGGAAUCUAGAAAAAUUGCCAAGUUGGCUCCUAUUUCCUGACUCAAAAAGUUGUUUCCUCAACAUGUUCACCAGUAAGAAUUCAUAAAUAUGCAUAGAGAACACUUGAA